CUUGCAGUUACUAGCAUUCAGUGUCGCCCUGAUAAAAACUGCUGAAUCUAACAAACCUAUGCUCACUACGUAAAACUUCUGUCGGAAGGUGAUCUAUAGGAAAACGAUCGCAAUUAACGCUCUUUCGGCCACAACAAACCCCUCCCAGACACUUCAAAGGACGUCGUACACUUGGUAUCUGCACAGCGGGCUGCUCGGUGUGUGUCGUAUUUGGCAGCUAGUACGAGAGCAAGGGAUCUUUCCUCGUUCAGCCUACACCGUACAAUUUAGCACAGGAAAAUCGUCAGAUGAGCAUGUCGAAAGAGAAGAAGAGUAAAAAACCAAAAGACAUAGUAGAUGAACUGACUGAAGAGGUAGAUGAUUUGAAUAUCGGAAACAGCGAUGGUGAAGAUACAAAGCAAGGAGGUGAUCAAACCCCUGAGAAUAAGAGCAAGAGAAAUGAAACGGAGAAAGGAGCACGAAAAAAAUUGUCAUUUUCUCCUGAGGUAAACAAAGGAGAACUGAUUGAGGGAGAUCCGUGGGAUUCCACACCUAUGCGCGACAAAGUGGAUGAAUCUUCAGUGUACACGGUGAGCAACGAAUGGAAAACUUCGGGUAAGGUUGAUUUAGGAAAAAUAUAUCAGAAACUACCUGCAUUUGUCAAGGAAAUAAGAGGCAAAACGUGUCGGCAAGAGCUUGAAGAGAUAUUGAAAAAAGAAAACGGAGGCUUAGUUACCACAAACAUCCUUCAAAACCCAUCCCCACACGUUAAGGAAAUAGUUGAUAAGCAGAGGCCAAAGGACAAGCCAUCUUUACCAGAGGGAGAACAAAGUUUUAAGGCUUAUUCUCUGCCGCCAGAAGGACCGCCGCCAGAAGGACCGCCGACGUGGUUUCUAGACUGCGAAUAUAUGUGCAAGGUUCAUUUACCAGGUAACACUUCACACUGGCUCGACCAUAGCGAUAAGACUGGUAAGCGAAUUAGAGCAGUAAGACCCGACAAGAUCAAACAAAGAUGGAUUUUCAUACCCUCCUUUCGUCGAGCGCAAAUUGCUCUGCUGGAUUGGCCGAAAGAUGACAUCAUGACUCCCGAAAACACCAUCAGAAUUCUUGUCGUAAGACCCACAGAAUUCCAAGAGUAUGUCAAGUACUGUGGACACGAGUUUCACAUCAUCAGCUUACCAAAUGAUGAAAUUGGUGCUGGAUAUCCCAGACUGUGGAUACAAAAAUUUGCUCUAAGAUUGAAGUUGGAGUUCAUUUGGAUGAUUGAUGACAGUGUUGAGUGCUUUUACGAGUAUCAUUCCACAGAUGGAGAAGGAACUAAAUAUGCUCCAGAAAGAAGGCGAAAGUUCAGCCUCGUUUUUCAAGAUAUUGAAGGCUUGGUGCAGAAUGCCAAGUCCAACCCUUGCCCCAUCGCAGCCAUGAGCCCAAGGCGAUUCAGGGGCCCAAAACCUGAACUGAAAGACCUACUUGCUCCCCUUCCUCCACGGAUGGCUGUGUAUCUCAACCUAGAGGCACUCAAGUCGAAGGACAUAUACUAUAGACCUGAACUACAAGUACUAGAGGACAUGGUCUUUGCUUAUGAAUGUGAACAAAAUGGUCUUAGAGCUCUCACGUACAACCGCUUUCACCUGCAGGAUAAAAGGUGGACAGACACUGGAGCCAGAAGUAGUUCUGUUCAACAGAAAAUGAAGGAGUCAAAUGAGAAAUCCGAUGCCAACACUACAGGCUGAUAAAACUUCUUAUAUGUUCAUUGAAUGUACAGUAUUUUCUGAACUUUGCAUUGUUAUUCAAAGUGUUCGGUGGUUGACGCAUGCAAAUCAAUUAUAGACAGUUCUCUUAAAUGUUUGUUCAAAGUUACUUAUUUAAUUUUUGAACUUUUCUUUACUUUAGGAAGAAUCUUAGAACAUUGACAAAAGCACUUAUAUUUGUAAAGGAAAAACACACAUGAAAGUUUAUCCCAUAAUGAUGAACAAACAGCCAAAUAAGUUAGACACCUUUUUUAAGUGUUGCUGUA